GAAAAAAUCAACGUCACAUGCCGAUUGUCUUUUUGCUUAACGUUUCUAUAUAUUACACGAGCUUUACUUCAGGAUUUGCAUAAGCAAAUCCUCAGCUUGCAAGAACGAGUGACGUAAACAAAGAAGAGGAUUAGAGGUAAGAGAAUGAAGCUUUUUUUCUGGUCACUACUUUGGUUUGCAGUUGCCAGUGCCAAAACAUCUGAUAGAGGAGGAGGUAAUGACACUAAAGAACCGAGGACUCUGCAGCUUCUUCCAUGCCAAGAAACAACUCCACAAUUUGUAAGCAGAAGAAGCCCCCGAGUUAGAACGUCGAGCAGGCGAGUUCGGAGGAGAAGAUUACAUGGGAAAAUAAAGGCCGGAAUUAAGCGUCUAAGAGCAGAGAUGGCUGAAAUCAGUGAGGAACAAAAAUGCAUAAGAGAGGGGCAGAGACAAGUCAGGAAAAAAUAUGAAGAGAUUGAAGCAGAGCGCAAGCAACUGUGGAAAGAAACAGAGUUGAUAGCAAACCAGAGUGCGGGAAUCCAAUCCAAACUAAAUCUCAUGUUCAAAUUAGUAAAAGCAAGAGCUCAGAAUGACACUGCUUUGGUUGCUGAACUCACUCACUCUCUUCGUGAUUUAGUAGCUAAGCAGAAUGUCCAAAUCCAAUGAAGAAUUCUGCUUGUGUCGGCUUGUAUCUGUUUAAAAGGAACAGAGAGCAAAUGUGUGGCAUCGACUGAGAUUGAAAUAAAUAGAACUCCGUUCUAUCCUAGUUAUAUUGUGUUCGUCUCUCUAGGGUUUUUUUUUCUUUCAAUCAUGAGUCUGUAUGUAAAUAAGCUUGAGAUUGUAAUUAUCUCUGUUUUAGUACAACUUAUUGAACUUGUGAUAAUUGUUGUGAUCACUAAACAACUUGAGACAUUAGCACUUUCAUUGCAA